UGCGUUUCUCUUAUCACUUAUCAUUCACUUUCGUUAUUUUUAUCAAUCUGUCUUCAGCGUAGUUUCCGUACUUUCUUUGUAUUAAUAAUGGAAUAAAAUGAGAUAAUUCUCUCUGGUGCUUCAUGUUAACCUUUAUUUAUGAUAUGAGUAGUCAUAAAAAAACUAUAAACUCACCAAAAUGCUUGAUAUCAACAUAAAAACUGUGUUACUGGGUAAUUCAAAAAUUGGAAAAACAAGCUUGGUCAGAAGAUUCGUCGAGAACAAAUUCAUCAGUUCUGAUGCUUACAUGAGCACAAUUGGUGGAGCAUUUAUAUCCAAAGAAGUGUUUUCAUCAGAUGGCAAACGAGUGCUGCUAUGUAUCUGGGAUACAGCUGGCGAAGAAAAAUUUGAGUCUGUUACUCGAACAUUUUAUCGAAACGCGAAUGCAGCCAUUGUCUGUUAUGAUGUCACUUGUGCCAAAUCAUGGAAUCGAGCUAAAAGUUGGGUUUCAGAGCUGAGGCAGUUUGAAGAAAAAUGUGUGAUAUACUUAUGUGCCACGAAAAUGGAUCUGUUGAAAGAAAAGGAGAAAUCGGCCAAGAGAGCCAUGGAUCCGAGUAUUAUUUCUAUGUAUGUUAAAAGUAUGAAUAUUAAAAGACAUUUUGAGACUUCCAGCAAAACUGGAGAAAACGUUGCCAAUAUGUUUCUCACUAUCGCUCAAGAUUACGUGGAGUUGAAUAAAGAUCAGUUGAAUGCUGGAGAGACUAUUCAUUUGGGGCAACGAAACACCGCUAGGCCAUGCUGUUUCACGUUUUUAAAACCGUAAUAUUGCAUUUAAUACGCGUAGGAUUUUGUGCACCUGGCGUCAUCGUUACCUUUCAGUUUUAUAUUUUAUUAUUUUUUCCAUGUUAUAUACCAUUUUAUACCUAAAUACUCUCGAAGAAUCUGCGAUUUUAAUGAAAACUAUGUGUAUAAUGAUUCGAUAUUUUUUUACUCGCAUUUUGUAUUGCAUUAUUUUGUGUGUUAAUUCGCUGUUACCCAAAUAACUAAGCUCAAUUCGUUGAAAUUGAAACGAUAAUUGCAUGCGAACGUUUGAAAACAUCAGAAAUCGAUGCUUACUAAUUUAAAAAAUCUCAAUUUAUAAUAUUUUUAUUGGAUGGAAAUGCCUUAUUAAUUAUUAUAAUAAUUCACUGUGUGUGUGUAAUGUGUAUGCAAGCCUAUAUUUUUUUAUUGAUUGAUUUUUCUCAUCAUCGUUUAAAUACUGCUGUGUUAUGUUGAAAGAGCUUAAAUUUUCUAAAUUAGACCAUGUUCUUUAUUAA